UUUGAUUUGAAAAUUAGCAACUUAUCAGAUAAUAUCGUUUUGAAAAAUAAUUCAACUUUAAUUAUUUUAUUGUCUAUUUCACAAUUGAUGAAAAACUAUGGCUUAUAUAAUGCCAAUAAUGAAAAGUAAGAAUAAACCGAAGAUAAAAACUAAGUCUAAACCAAAACCUAAGGAUACAGUGGUUGAUGUGAUAUUCAGUAAUACAAAAGCAAUGGACAGACGGAUAAGCACUAAAAGUGGAGACAGUAGUGGUCUGGCCGUUGUAAUACCGAUUGCCGCCGAUAAUGAUGAUCGAGAGAUACUGAAACCUCAACACAAUGUGAUAUCUGGCGAUACGUUUAACCAAACAAACUUAGAUAACAUGUCAUUGGAUGAGGGGGUCAACAGAGGUGGGUCACUGUUAUUUGAUUCAUCCGAUGAUGACUUACAAUAUAAAAUAAAUAUGAAACAGUCAUUGAAAAUAGACAAGGUCAUUCGCAAUAUUAUAUUGAAAAAUGAUUUUAAUAGCCAAAAGUUUAUCAAAAUUAUAAUGUUUAUCCAUUGCAUUGAAGUAUUUCUCUAUAUGAUGGGCGUACGCAUGGAUCCCAUUAAAAAGCACCUUGUAUAUUCACCUAAAGGCACCUGGUAUAAUUUUAUGAGAUUAGUACACAAUACUAGUGUAUUCCUGAUAACUACCAGUUUAUUGGUCUACUAUUUGCUGUAUUUUGUCAAAAAUCUUAAUGAAAAAUACAUUACGUUUGACGUAAACUUUCAAGAAUUUUUAUUAAUGUCUGGUCUAAUAUUUACUACAAUUUAUGUCAUUUAUAAUGUCAAGUAUACGAUCAAUAUUAGUGGUAACUAUGCAUUUGAUGUCUAUCUCAUUAUUGAAACAUUGAUCCAUAAGGAUGACCAACAAUCGGCUAGAUUUUCUGUAAAUACCAACAGAAUAAUUAUGAUGACAACCCUGAUUACUCCACCAUACUAUUGUCUAUGUGGUUAUUAUCUAUACAAUGGAUUCACCUCGUUCAUAUUUGUUUCAUUAAUUAUUGCCGUUAUUAUCAUAUUUGGCUCAGUUAUCAAAUAUAUACUAAUGUGUAAACUCAUCAAAUUUCGUGUUGAAAAUCUCAAUAAAUAUCUCUAUGAUAUCAACUUUUAUUUUAAUGACAACGAAUUCAAUACUGAUUUAGAAAUUAUCAAAAAUUGGUAUCCCCGUCUGUACACAUCAGUCAAAGAGUUUAAUAAAUUCAAUAAAACAUUUAUUAAAAUGUUUAUAACAUUCAACUGUUACCUAAUAGCCUACAGUUUAUAUCUGAUAUUAAUUGUUGAAAAACAUCUGAUAAUACACAUAACAAUUUAUAUAAUCACAAUACUAUUGACUCCAUUAUCGGUAUCGAUGUUAAUGUUUGGUCAAAAUCUUAGUCAAAAAACUCAAACCCUGUUUGAAGACUAUCUGAUGAAAUGGGAUUCAAUUGAAUUCAUUGUUGACACACAACGAGUUUAUUCCUAUAUUAUCGCCAGAAAUAUCUAUUUAUGCCAUUUCCAUAAAUAA